CACUAAAAUGGUUUCCACCCCAUAGUUCGCCGUUACUCCUAAACCUUAAGUCUCUUGUCAUUGCUAUGAGACAAGGCCUAGAUUCGCAAGAAACUACUUGUAUUAAAGUUCAUACCCUAUGACUACAAGUACAUAUCCGAUUGAAACAAAGAAACAUAAUACGUACUAAGGCUUACUAAAAGGUACAUAUAAUAUCAAAGAAGGUUACUUCAAAAACAAAAUGGGAAAGUUGGGUGCACCGUCGACCAAAGUCCCAGUCAACGGGCAUCUUAGAAACGGCAUUUGGCAUUGUAACUGCAUCCCUCGUCUUCCCGCAAUCCAAUACCUGGCCAAACGAGAGACCCCCAACAAGGGUAGGUCGUUUUACGCCUGUAGGAAAGACCGCAACAAGGAGAACAAGUGUAAUUUCUUCUUGUGGACUGAAGACGCCCACGAACGCGAAGUCAACAACGUCUUGACCAAUUCGCGCAGCGAGGCUGAGGGCACUCCAAGUCGGCGGCCCAAGAAGAGGCAGCGGACGCUUCAUGAGAGCAUAACUCCCGCGAAGGAGAAGAGGCAGGGCAAGACGCCAGUCACUAGUUUAGCAGACCUGGAUCGCAUGCUUAAACCCGAUCCCCCUUCUCCCCCUUCUCCUACGACUCAGAGCUCGACUAUGAAGGGUAGCUUUAAACCUGUAAAGGCGGCAUUGAAGACCCUAGGGAAGGGUAGUUCAUCGGAUGAGGACGAUGAGUCAGCUCACACCUCGGAUGAUGGCCAAGCACAGCCUGAAUCGGGACCGGCCACACUGUCAAAGGGAUUGAAGAGGAAGAUGCCGAAUAUCGAGGACUACAGCGACCUGUCUUCCGGCGAAGAGGAGGUACUUAUCGCUCUCGCCAACAACUCAGCCCAAGCCAAAACCAAACAGCGCGACGCUUUCUCAACCCCCUCCGGCCCGCGCACCCUCGUCCAAGACGGCAUGGCGACCCCGCUCACCGACAAGCCCGUGCGGCGCGUGCUCUUUGCCGACCCCUCAUCCCCCACCACGCCCAAGCGAGACCUAGCCGCGACCUCCACCAACACUCCAUCUACCUCCUCCUCCUCCCACCAUCCUCAGCAACAGCAACAAGAACAACAACAACAGUCCGCCCCCGCCACGCCCGGCGGAGAACAAGGACUCACGCAAGAGAUCAUGGCGCUCCUGUACGACCAGCCCAUCGACGGCGCGGUGCGCAAAAAGAUCCGCGCGGUCCUGGACCGGCACGCCGCGCGCGCCAAGGGCCUCGAGCGCGGGCGCGACGCCUCCCGCGACGCGGCGAAAAAGGCCGAGGCUAGGGUCGCGGAGCUGACGCGGCGGGUGGCGGAGCUCGAGAACCAGCGCAGGGUGGACGAGCAAGCGAGGCAGAAGAUGAGGACCGAGCUGAUGAAGUUGUAUCGGGAGAGUUGAGCGUGGGGAAGAUGGUGAGUUGAGAGGAGAAGGGGGGGAGAGGGGGGAGGGGAGAAAUGUGGAAAAAGGAUGGAAUAAAAAAAAGAAAAGAAAAUGGGAGGAAAGGAAGAAGGAGGAGAUGAGGGACUUAGGGUUAUUUUAAGGUUGCGUAUUUGCCUUUCCGUGGCAAACUCUCGGGGCGGCGUGUAUGCAAUACGGAGCUCUGUGCACGGAUGGGUUGCUUUAACUGUAUUUCAACGCGGUAGGAUACCCUUUUGGUUUUUAAGCUUAGUGGACAGGCACCGGAUAAGUAUGUAGGUAGGUACCCACCUAAGGUCUAGGUAGUCUAGAGUUAUGAAUUAUGGUCACUGUCGUGAAGGCUUGAUAUCAUUA